AGACAGUGAGAGACAGUGAGAGAAGCGAAGGAAGAUAAAGCAGGACUUACAGACGAACAAAUGAGGAGCGGUGGUCAUCGACUCAAAGGCUGGCUGCAAAACAGAAAAAGAGGGACUAAAGAUUAAUUUUACAGCUGCAGACGAAUUCAGACAAUGUUCGCACAGCUCGGUCUCCCAAAUCAUCGCUGUCAUCCAACGCUCUGCCUCAGCCCUCCCCAGCCCCCCUUUUAUUCAAAGAACAUUUGACACAACGAGAUAUGAGCUCCAAACACUCACUGGAUUGGAUCCCGUACAGUACCCUAGACGAUGAGGGCAGUAACCUACGGCAGCAGAAGCUGGAUAGACAACGGGCUCUUCUUGAGCAGAAGCAAAAAAAGAAGCGUCAGGAGGCGCUGAUGGUACAGUCGAAUCUAGAUGGGCGGUCUCGGGCCCGUAGGACCAGGCAGUCUGAGGAGCAGGCUCCGCUUGUGGAAUCAUAUCUCAGCAGCAACAGCAGCACCAUCUUUCAUGUACAAGAAGCUGAGCAGGAGGAGGUCAAGGCUGUAGGAGAGGUUCAGGCUCCUCGCUCGUCUAAAAAAUCCAAGUCACUAACAUCCACCCCACAGACGGGCAGUGCCAAAAAGGAGAAAAAAGGCAAGCACAAAGGACUUCAUGGGUCAGCUGCAUUUCAGGAUGAGAGCCAGGACCUCAGCAGCCAAAUCCAGAUUCUAAACGUGGGUCACUCACCUGGACAAGAGGGCGAAACUGAGGGCCAGGCAGAGGUGGUCAGCAGCACUCGGUCCCAGAGCAAGCAGGACCUACGGGUCACCAUGCUCAAAAAAGGUAUCUCAAGUAGCAUGAACUUCGAUGAAGAGGAAGAGGAGGACGAUGAGGUCAGUUCGAGUUCAUCUCAACUAAACAGCAACACCAGGCCUGGUUCUGCCACCAGCAAGAAGUCCAGCAAGGAGGCUGCCUCAGCUUCUACUCCAGUGACCAACGAACCAUCCAUCGAUGUGGGCGACCUGGAAGAGUUUACCCUGAGGCCAGCCCCACAGGGGGUGACAAUCAAAUGCAGGAUCACUCGGGAUAAAAAAGGCAUGGACAGGGGGAUGUAUCCUACGUACUACCUCCAUCUCGAAAAAGAAGAUGGCAAAAAGGCUUUCCUUUUAGCCGGAAGAAAGAGAAAGAAGAGCAAAACAUCCAAUUACCUCAUCUCUAUUGAUCCUACUGACUUGUCUCGAGGUGGAGAGAGCUUCAUUGGAAAAUUAAGGUCGAACCUGAUGGGGACCAAGUUUACAGUUUAUGAUAAUGGGAUGAAUCCAGGCAAGACCACGUCCAGCUUAGAGGCCAGCAACCUACGUCAGGAGCUAGCAGCUGUCUGCUAUGAAACCAAUGUUUUGGGUUUUAAAGGCCCACGGAAGAUGAGCGUGAUUAUUCCUGGAAUGAACAUGGAUCAUGAAAGAGUCUGCAUUAAACCACGAAAUGAGCAUGAAACACUGCUGGCCCGCUGGCAGAACAAGAGCACAGAGAGUGUGAUUGAGCUUCACAACAAGACACCUGUGUGGAACGAUGACACCCAGUCCUAUGUGCUGAACUUUCAUGGCAGGGUCACCCAAGCCUCUGUGAAAAACUUCCAGAUCAUUCACGAUAAUGAUCCGGACUACAUAGUGAUGCAGUUCGGAAGAGUAGCUGAGGACGUCUUCACCAUGGAUUACAGCUAUCCUAUGUGCGCUCUGCAGGCCUUUGCAAUUGCUUUGUCCAGCUUUGACAGCAAGCUGGCAUGUGAGUAGUAGUCUGAGACAUUUUAGAACUCUAGCAAAGAUAACUGGACAUCAAAAUCCUUCAAGAGUCCUCAUGAACACCCAUACUGGAAAAAUGUAGAAUCUCUAGGCUGUUGGAACACCAGGUGCCGUGUGUGAAUAAAAUGCUGUUUCUGCUUCUUGGAUAAAUGAACUAUGGACAUUGAGGGGAAAAAAGCACAAAGAGUAAACCAAUGUUGCUUCUUAAGCACCGGAACUAUUAUUUACAUGUCAAUGCUACAGGACAUGCAUUUG